AUGGCGCGGCAGCGGGCAGAGGCAAAGGCGCUGCGGCGCUGCAGCUUCCCGUCAUUCCCUCGCACCCUGGCAGAUGUUCCGCCGGCUGGGUCCCAGGGCUGCUCGGAGACCCUCAUAGCAGCUGCUCGAGUGGAGGCAAUCAGCGUGUGUCCGACGUCCCUGGCAGUGGCCCCAGAGGCUCCAGCAGCGCCAGAGGCAUCAGAGGCCCCUGAGGCGCCAUCUCUAGCCUCAGAGGAGCCAGCGGCUUCGGAGCAGCCAGCGGCUCCGGAGCAGCCUUCGGCUCCGGAGGAGCCUUCGGCUCCGGAGCUGGCAGCCUCAGAGGAGCCAUUGGCCCCAGAGGCUCCAGCAGCUCCAGAGCAUCCAGUCCCAGCGCCGCCGCCUAAAGAGGUGGCUGGCGAUGUCGCAGUCGAUAGCUUGCCGGUCUACACGCAGGGAGUUCCAAUCAAUGCCUUUGCCUUGGUCAAUCCGCCACCCCGUUGGGAUGCAGUUGCUGAGUGCCGGCAGCAGGCGGAGCGGCUCGCGCGCCUGGAGAGCGAGAUUCUGGAGGAGUGCCGCCAGCGCCAAGAGCGGCUUUGGCACGCAGAGCUGGCGGAGCAGCUCCACGAGAAGGAGAAGGAUUGGCACCGCGAGAGGGCUGCCUUGGAGUCGCAGGUUGGCGCUGCAGAGCAACGGUUGGUCCAGUCGAGGGUGUCCGGCCAGGAGGCCGAGAUGAGGAUACAGCAGGACGGGCGGCUGAGGCACCAGGCGCUGCAGGAGCGCUGCAGCGGCCUGGCGGCGGAGCUCUCGGAGCGGCAGGCGGCCUUCCACCGGGAGCGGUGCCACCAGGAGGAGAGCGCUACAAGGCUGCAGGCAGAAAUGCUAGCUUUGCAGAAUGAAUUGGAGGCCGCGGGGCUGCAGCAGCGCACCGCGGCGCGGUGUCUGCAGGAGGAGUUGGCCUCGGAGGCCGCCAGCUGCCGCUUCGCCACGGGCGCGGCCUGGCAGCAGCACGAGGCCGCGCAGGCAGAUGCGAGAGGCGCCCAGGAGGCCCUGGUGGAGCAGCGCAUGCAGCUCCGAAGCGCAACGGAGAGGUUCUGGCAGGAGCAGCUGAGUUUGCAGGAGGAGCUGCAGCAGAGUGGGCAGCAGCAGCGCUUGGCAAGGCAGAGGGCGGAGUCGGAGGAGGAGGCCACCACUACAGCACGGGCGGAGCGGCGCGUGGCGCACGAGGAGCUGCGGAGGGCGGCCGCGGAUGGGGAGGAGCUCCGGGCCAACGUGGCCGCGCUCACUGCAGAGCUGCGUGUGGCGCAGCAGGAGGCGGCCUGGGAGCGCCGGCAGCGGCAGGAGUUGGACCUGACGCUGAAGGAAGCGCACCAGAUGCAGUCGAUCUUCCUGGACGAGGCGGCGGCAGCUGAGCAAGCUGCUGCGGAGGCAGCAAGCCGCGCGGAGCAAGAGCAGAGGGAGAGGACACGUGACCUACAGGAGUUCAACCGGAUCCUGCGACAGCACCAGCAUCGCCUGGAUGAGGAGCAGCGCAGCCACAUCUGGGCAGAGCUGCAACUGGCGAUGUGUGAAGCUUCAGCCGCGCCAGAAGGUGAGCCGCUCAACUUCUCAGAGCCAGGGCAGAUUGAGGCAGCAAGCUAA